CAAUGCGUAGGUUGUUGUGGACCUUACGCAGAAGAGGAAGAGAGCGGAAGCUCCGAGGAUCGUAUCGGAGCUUCGCUUCCUUCUGAGGUGUCUCAUAGGGAGGGCUCAAGCAUCGUACUCCGUUAGGAACAGGUUUCAAAGUUGUACAUUUCACUUGAGAAGGCUUAGCUGGAAUCAACCAUAGGUUAAUUGGGGAUAAAAUGCCAUCCGGCAUUCUCUCGAAGCUGAACACUACUAUCUAUUCUGGUUUCCCACGAGCAAUAGUUCAGCAACGAGUUGCGUGGCGAAGUUCGAUAAAUUUGCUCCUUGGACCAGGGAAUUUGUUGUUUGGGAAUUCAGUGCUGUCCUGGUCCUUGCCAUAUUCAACUUCUUUGAUAUCAAACACCUCUGGGUAUUCUCUUAGCUGUGAGAGCAAGAGAAAAUCUAUGGCUGCUUCUACUUCCAAAGCGUUAUUGGGAGAUGUUUAUGUUGAUGACUUAAUCUCAAGUUGUGGAAAUGCAUUGGACUUCACAAAACCUACUGGCGUUUUUUAUAAUGAUAGAAGCCGUAACAGAUGCUGGAAAGCUGGCUUGAGUUUGAGAAGGCAAGAACAGCCCAACAGUCAUCUUAUCUGUGGGUUUUUUAAUUUUGAUGGAUUGCGGCGGAGUUUUAAUCCCAAUUCACUUGAUAAAUCACGGCUGAAGAAUUUCCAUACUUCAACUUUUGUGUGCCAUGCUACUGGGGCUGCUCCCGAUGUUUCAUUUAACUGCAAUUCUCAUGAUGAACAGCUUGCAGAUUCCACCAUUUUGUCUGGCCAAACUAUUUUGGGUGAAAGAACCCUGAAGCUAAUUUCAGGAUCAUGUUACUUGCCACAUCCUGACAAGGAAGAGACAGGUGGAGAGGAUGCUCAUUUUAUUUGCGAAGAUGAACAAGCAAUUGGUGUUGCGGAUGGUGUAGGUGGCUGGGCAGAUGUUGGUGUUGAUUCAGGACAAUUUUCCCGCGAACUCAUGUCUUAUACAGUGACGGCAAUUCAAGAGGAGCCCAAGGGUUCCAUUGACCCAGCCAGGGUGUUGGAGAAGGCCCACUCAAGCACAAAGGCCAAGGGUUCCUCAACAGCCUGCAUCAUUGCUCUCACAGAGAAGGGAUUACAUGCUAUUAAUCUAGGAGACAGUGGAUUCAUAGUGGUUAGAGAUGGAUGCACUGUCUUCCAAUCUCCAGUGCAGCAGCACGGCUUCAAUUUUACAUAUCAGCUGGAGAGUGGCAAUGGGGGUGAUCUACCUAGCUCUGGUCAGGUUUUUACAAUUCCUGUGACUGCUGGAGAUGUCGUUAUUGCUGGAACAGAUGGGUUAUUCGACAACUUGUAUAAUAACGAGGUGACUGCUGUUGUUGUUCAUGCGGUUAGAGCUGGCUUGGAACCUCAAGUAACUGCUCAGAAGAUAGCGGCUUUGGCACGCCAGCGAGCACAAGAUAGGAAUCGGCAGACUCCAUUUUCUACUGCUGCUCAAGAUGCUGGCUUCCGCUAUUACGGGGGUAAGCUUGAUGACAUCACAGUUGUUGUGUCAUAUAUAACUAGUCCUGCCGUUUUGUGAGUCUCUCAUCUCCGUUAUAGCUAUACCUACUUUGCUUGUAUAGUUACAUAUGUUCAGUUACGGUGGCGAAACUGGCGGUUGGGGCUGAUAAGCCCAUAUUUUGGUCAUGAAACAUCUUGGGAGUUGUAUUUGAUAUUGGGCAUCUCCCUUUUCAAUUCUUGUUUUUAGUUUGAGAUGCUCAGAAUUUUUUAUAUAUAACCCCCUUGAAGGUCAAACCUGAGUAUUAAGGAGAUGCAAUCAAUGCCUUCUUUCUUUUUC